AUGGAAGACCAAGAAAUAAUUCAGAUGAUAAAUAUUGUUCUUUCAAGUGGUAUAGGGAUAAAUCCUACCGCAUUGAAUGAAUAUCAUCAGCGUUCGCACGAUUUACAGAAUAAUAUCUUCGGAAUUCAAUGGUCAUUACGCUACUUGACUGGACAAAUCUCAUACAAGCCAUCUUUAUACGCUCUUUUGAUCAUUAAAGAUUGGAUAAUCAAUCGUUGGGACGAAUUAAUCCAAAAUAUUCCGGAUUUUCAGCAGCAAUUAUAUCAUAUUAUUUUCGAAUCAUCGAAUAAAUUCUUAAAUAUGCAGCAAACUCUCCUCUAUACCCUUUAUAAAGUUCAAACUUUAUUAGCCAUCAAAAUUUAUCCUUUGACAUUUCCUGAAUUCUUCCAAAAACUCUUCGAAAUGAAUCAAGAUAUGCUAUUUUCAUUCUUAGAUGUAUUGUUUUCCACUCUAAAGGAAAAUCAAGGAGAUCAAGCUACAAUUUUAUCGGCAAUGGAAGAAGAUGGAUCGAAUCAGCAUCUUCUAAUGAUCAUCUUAGAUAGUAUUAUUGCAGGAAGAAAGCAAUCUUUUGGUAUUCUCGUUGAUUUAUUAACUUGGGUAAAUCCAGGACAAAUUAUUGGGCAUCCUGCCAUUGAUACCAUAUUAAAUUCGAUCAUGGAGGAUGACCAACACAUUGAAACUAUAAAUAGUAUUGCAGAUGAUGAAAUUACGAAAUCUUAUUCAAUCCAACAAGAAUCUCCACGCGAAAAGGCUCUCAAAAUCUUAGAUGGUCUUCUAGGUGCACCAAUGAGCCCUGAUGAAUACAUGUCUUUCAUUAUUUCCAAAGAAAUUAUUCCAAGAUUACAAAAUAUAGAAACAGAAGAUGAAAACAUUCUUUCUUUAGUCGCAUGCAUAUAUUCAACCAUAGGAAAGCAUGUAAUUGACAUUUACAUGAAUGGACAAAAAGAUCAGAACUAUUUAGUUUUUCUUAACGAGUGUUUCAACUUAAGUAUGGAUUAUUUAAUGUCUCCAAAUGAAUUUAUUGCUGAAAAUAUUAUAAAUUUCGCAAAACUUUAUAUAAAUAAGUUUAUUGAUCCGAAUUCAAUGCUAGAAAUCGUCCAUAAGUGUUUCCAACGCUAUGCAUUGUAUUUCUCUGUUCCUUCCUUCGAGCUCAGUGACUUCGCUGAGACAUUAUUGAGUAUAAUUACGAAAAAUUUAAAUAAUCAACACUUAUUUGAGCUCGCAAAAGCAAUUGAUACCUCAGACUUGCUUUCUAUUGGUGCGUUCUUUAGUGUGGCCCAACACAUGAGGCUUAACGCUGAAAUAGAAAACACUUUAAUUGAUUCAUUUUCCGAAAUCCUUACUAAUAUCAGUCCACCAGCCGAAUACCCUGAAUAUUUGGCAUUAACACAAUACGUUGAGUUCGUUGCCAAGAAGAAAUCAAGGCCAAUUCAACAAGAUUGUUUCAAUGUCAUAGCAAUCCAUGCAACGAACACGGAAAGUCCCAUAGAAUAUGAACCGAAAUUCUCUUCACUUCUCAAAUCACUGACCAUGAAAGGAGCUAUCGUUAGCCAAGAAGUUCCUGUUGGUUUAAUUUUGACCGGCAACCAACAAUAUGCGGCUACUGCUGUCAGAUUGAUUAAGUAUGUCAAGCAACAGAACCAACUAGAGGCUUUUAAUCUCUGUAGAUCUGCUUUGCAGGACGAAUUCCAUUUAUUGUGUCUUCCGUUUAUAGAACAACUCCAACCGUCCAAGGAUAUCGUAUUCAAACAGAGUUGUCUUGAGCUUAUUGAGUUCUUUAUGUCGACAAUUAUGGAUGGAGAAUUUGAAGGAAAUAAAGAUGCAUAUUUGGCAAGAGCAAUUGCUUCAAUGUGGAAUGUUCUUGAACAAGACUGCCUUCAAGUCUUCGUCCAGCUAUUGGAAUUCGCUCAAGGACUCGAAAGUAUGGCACAAUUGUGUUUAAUUGGGUCACAGUUAACGGAGAAAGCAGAAAAUAAUGAAUGGAUUGCCCAGUUAUUCAACAGUUCUCAGGAAUAUAUUAACGAAAUCCUCAAUGAAGAGAUUGAUUGGUCAGAAUGUAACGAAUUCGCAAAACAGUCGAGACAAUUCAUGAAAUACUACUUCAAGUUCGUUACAAAGGCCAUGAAAUUGGCUCCAAAUGAGAUAAUUCCUGAAACAAUUAAAUUUGUAAUUUUGAUUAUUGAGAAUUUGAUCAAUAUUUCGGAGAUUUCAAUGGAUGCACUAACAUUUGUAUACUCCAUUGAUGAUGAAUACCUCAGCUCUCCUGAUAUUUACAGUAAUAUUCAAGACGUUAUCAGAUCUUUGAUUUUAUGCUCAAAAUCACUGAACAUUUCUCAAACAAACGCUUCUUGGAGAAGAGUUAUGCGAGAAGGAAUGAAGAUAAUGGCAAGAAUUUACGCAGGAGACCCGAAUUCGGCCACAAACAUCGUUCAGAGAUCUCUUUCAGAGCUGGGAUUCGAUGGAAAUUAUAUAAACCAGCUAACUGACCAGUGGAGAGCUAUGAUGGAGCGUGGUCCAUCGCAAAUUGACGCUGAAGUCGGAUCAUUUUAUACUAAUAUUGUUUCUGUUUUGUCUAAUUAG